ACAAAGAAGAAUAUUAAUACAACCAUUAACAAGCGACGAUGAAAAUUUGGGUUUGCUCCACCCUUUUAAGGAAAAAACCCAAUCACUUAGCAAUCUCAGAAAUCAAAGCUACUAAAAAAUACCAACGCUGCUGCCACAGCUACUCUUGUGACCUUUCUAGUAUUGCUCAACAAAUACUUAUAACUUUGCUGCAAAGACCAAAGACGAACGGGCCACUCACACUCCCAUCAAUCUCAUCAUAUUCGAUCUCAACAUCAAUAAAUCUUCUUUUGCUUCACCAUUUGCAGAACCCUAGAACAGCAACCCAGAUAAACUAUUGGAAGACACACACAGAAUCAAAACAAUUAACCUUGGAUCUACAAAGCAAAGCAAGCGCAAGGACCAUGGAUUCAAAUAUUCAAGACUUUAUAGACACAUGUAACUCUGACAACACCUGCAACCUCACCAAUACCACCUCCAUCUUAACCACUAGUGCUACCUCUUCCUCACCUUCUUCAACUUCCAUCACCAACACCAGCAGCCGCUACGAGAACCAGAAGCGCCGUGACUGGAACACCUUCGGCCAAUACCUCAAGAAUCACCGUCCCCCUCUCUCCCUCUCCAGGUGCAGCGGUGCACAUGUCCUUGAAUUUCUAAGGUACCUGGAUCAAUUUGGGAAGACCAAAGUGCACACACCGAUCUGCCCCUUUUAUGGUCACCCUAACCCUCCAGCACCAUGUCCAUGUCCUCUAAGGCAAGCUUGGGGGAGUCUUGACGCUCUCAUAGGGCGUUUGCGUGCAGCUUUUGAGGAAAAUGGAGGAAAACCUGAGGCAAAUCCUUUUGGAGCUCGAGCUGUGAGACUCUACCUUCGUGAGGUUCGUGAUUUGCAAUCCAAAGCAAGAGGGAUUAGCUAUGAGAAGAAGAAACGGAAGCGUCCACAACCUCAGCAACAACCCAUGCCGCUGCCUCAUCAUCCUCUUCCUCCUCCAGGUGCAAGUGCAACUCAUUAAGGGAAUUCAAUUCUCACUCCAUGCCAAAUUCUACUCUUUCUCCUUGUGGCAAAACUCAAAAACUUAAUUUCCAAGUGGGAUCUCUUCUUUUAAUCCCAAUAUGCUUUUAGAAUUGUGAUCUAAUUUAGUAUCAUAAUAUUUAGGGUUUUUUUUUCUUUGUUAAUUUUUUUGUGAAAGCUGCUAUAUCUGGUCGAAAUAGACUGUUUGUCUUUGGAUCCUGUUUGUUCAGGCAGAAGCAAAAGUUUAAAAUUAAAUUCUGGGAUAUCAUGCAUCUCUGCUUUAAAAGCAGACAGUGCGUACUGGUAGUAGACUGAUAGUGCGUGGGGAAGUACUGAAAAGUGGAAGUGAGACUGUGAGAGAGUGAAUGGAUAUACAUGGAGGCCAUGAUCCUGUGAUGAGAAACCAAAAAGUAUGAUAUUAUUAUUCAUAGUUAUAUAUAUAUCUACUUCUUUGUGUCAA